AUUUAAUAAAAUGAUAAAAUUUUAGGAAUCAAUUCUGCGGGAACUUUUGAAAGAAAAGAAAAAAUGGAUGAUCAACAAACCUCACCAAGAACACUGCGUCCAAGACGGUCUAAAUCAUCAACACCAAUUGGACAUGCCGACUCAAUCGGUAGUCACACUCCAAAUGGGAUCGCUGCCGCUAUGAUGGUUACCCCAAUUGUCCGCAGAAUGACACCAAGCACUCCUGGAAUUGACGCCAGUUUCAUGACGGGUGAUAAAGUCAGUCCAAUGUUAGCAAAACUCAGAAUGACACCAGGUAGACUUCUCAAAGAUAAACAGACACUGUUAGUGCGGAAACAUGAAGAAACUAGACGAAACCUGGACAAGCUGAAUGUGGGAGGGGGCGUGUCCAUGUGGCCGGAGAUGGUCAGCAUGAGACUGACCAGAGUGGAUGUAUACAUACUAGCAGGCCUAAAUGUUGUAUUGGCCGCCUUGGUGGUCGCUGUAUUCCUAGCUCUCCAUGGUGGGACGAUCAAACAGCUUCUGGUUUAUUCUGAGAGACUUCUUCGGUUUUCUCAUAAGCACCGGGUUGUAGUAGACAAUGGUCAAGAAGCAUUGUACACAUCUCUAGUAGAUUGGCAUAAUGGCUACAAGGACUUGGUGUCAUCGAUUCACGAGUCGUUUGAUGUGAGUAAUGUUCCCUGGAGCUACAGGCUGUACCUGCUGGCGUAUGUCGCUGUGUUGGUUAUUCUGUUCUACUACCUCAUAGACAACAUGUUUGCAAAAAGCAAACUCUCACCAAAAAGGAUUAAACGAUGGGUGAGCAUAUUAGUGCUGACGAGUGCAUGGACAUUGAUGAUUGCUGUCAUGUAUGUGAUAGCCCUACAGACGGAGAUGGCCAUUGAAAACAAUGUAUACAAUCUGGCAAACUCACUGGCAGAUGUGAUAUCCACCAAUCUGUCUAGUGCCAAAUACCAGCAAGUAUUGAUGUACUGGCAGACCAAGUGUCUACCCCCGACGUCACACGGGACCAUUUCCAUAUUUGGUAUUCUACCUGUACGGGACGUGACUUACUAUCUACAGUAUUACAGUGUUCCCCUGGCAACUGUGUUGUUGACACCAGUGUUCCGAUUGGUUGUUGCAUUACUUACCCUUUACAACAAUGAUUAUGUGGGCAAGAUCUCCUGAUGUGA